AUGCGUACCACCAUCGCAGCCAGUCUGCUUCUCUCGGCACUUUCCGCCACUGUCGAUGCUACCCGUCCUUUCCUGAACGAGCCCGAGAUCGCACAAGCUGAUCAAUAUGGCGAGCUUGAACCGGGCUUCCAGCUUCCACCGCUCGACAAAAUCAUUGGCAUUCCGGACUUCGAUUACGUCGCUCGCGGCUUCUUGAACAUUUCCUCUUACACAUCUUACCGCGCCGGUGCAGGUGGCGAAUGGAGCUACCGCAACAACUUGGAGGUCUACUCCCGCAUGCACUUCCGACCGAGGAUGAUGAUCGACGUCAACAAUAUUGAGGCCAGCAUGCCGACGACCAUUCUCGGAUACAACUUCUCAGCUCCAUUCUUCAUUGCUCCCGCAGCGAUCGCAGGUUAUGCCAAUGCCACUGGAGAGGUCGGGUUGACCAAGGCUUCGGCGGCGAAGAACUUGAUGUACAUCAAUGCUCAAUUCUCGACCAGAUCGCAGGCGGACAUCCAGGCUGCUCGGGCUCCUGGUCAGAUCAUGUUCCACCAGCUAUAUGUCAACAAGAACAUCACCAAGACCGAAGAAUUGAUCAGGCGUGCGGAAGCGAACAACUACCAGGCGCUGUUCGUGACCGUGGACUCACCGGGUGAUGCCAACCGACAACGCGCGGCGCGCUUCGGCGUUGGUUCUGCAGACAACUCGUUCACCGCGAUCACCUGGGACGAUUACCAGGCUAUCAGGAACUUGACAAAACUUCCGGUGAUUCUCAAGGGCAUCCAGACCGUCGAGGACGCUGUCAUUGCAGCCAAUCUCGGAGCCCCUGCGAUUUACCUGUCGAACCACGGCGGUCGUCAGCUGGAUGGCUCGCCUUCGCCCUUCGAGGUCGCCCUUGAGAUCCACGAACAAGCGCCAUGGGUCUUCGACGCGCUGGAAGUCUUCGCCGACGGCGGCGUGCGAUACGGCUCGGAUGUCGUCAAGAUGCUCGCUCUCGGUGUGAAAGCCGUUGGUAUGGGUCGUGCUUUCAUGUACGCCAACGUCUAUGGCGAGGAGGGCGUGAAGCGAGCCAUUGAUAUCAUGAGGCGUGAGAUUUACAUGGAUGCGGCCAACUUGGGUGUGGCGGAUCUUAAGCAGAUCAAUUCGAGCUUUGUGAGUAUUGAGUGCAUGAGAUUCAAGGAGGGUGAGACUGACGUGAUGACAGCUUAA